CCUGUAUCUCCAUGCUUGUGCGCAUGUGUCGACCCAUUAGAAAGAGAUAGGUAUCCCCAGAUCACACAUCUGUCUCUGCCAAGUUUUUCGCUUAUCGGUCUUAUAGAGGCAGUGCCUGUUCCAGUAUAAUUUCAGUGCAAGUUGACGGUUUGUCAAACUGAAACCGAAGAACUGUGCUGCAUGAUGAGUGACUAUAAAAUACCGAUAAUUGAACCGACUAUAGAUUAUACAAAGGUACCGCCGAUCAAUCAAAAGCGAACAGUCUCUUUUAUAAAUCACUUUAUUACCCAUACUGUUACGUUUCUGAAUAAGUUUGCCCUGUCUUGUGAGGAAAGACUGUAUGAGUUUGAAAACAAGUUGCAAAAGUUAGAAGCGUCUUUAGAGGUACUAGAGUCGCGGCUAUCCUCUAUACCUGGUUUAGAACAAGAAUAUCAUAAACAAUUGGAUAAUGUUAAUGAGAAUAACACGAGUAAGUCGGAGGAGGUAGAAAUACACAAAGCAAAUGAAAUUGAUAAUAGUGAGAUAGAAUCUAAAGAUGAAGAGAAAGACAAACAUACCACAAAUAAAGAUCCCCGUUAUGAGAAAUAUUUUAAAAUGAUUCAUUUUGGUGUACCAAAGCAAGCAGUAAAAUUAAAGAUGGAGCAAGAAGGACUGGACGCAUCUAUACUGGACAAUCCACAACAGAUAGUUUCUAUGCAACAGCCAUCAGAUAACAGUGAGAAUCAAGAUGAAUAGAAGUUAUUAAAUAAAAAAAUUAAUAGGUAUACAAAUCCUUGUAGAUUUAUUUUAUUUGUUGUUAAAUACAGAAGAAAGAACACGUCA